AUGUCAGCUAAUUCUUUUAAGCAAACCUAAGCUUAAAUUAAUACUCAACCACUACCAAAACCAUUUUCUUACAUACCAGAUAGUCCAACUAAUAAACCUGAGAAAAAAGGGGAAUAAGAAUUUAUAAAAUUAAGCUUAAACAAAUAAAGUAGUACUCAAUCAGAUGCAGAAAAUAUUGCUAAUUCUUAUUUAACUACUAAUGAAAAAAAUAAUCUCUCAUUUGCUCUACAAAAAAAAUUUCCAAUGGUUUCAAAUUUUACUAUUAAUCAUAAUAUAGAAAAGUAUGAAUAUGAUAAACCAAUCAAAAUUUAAUAACCAUCUAAGAUUUAUUGUAAAUUUUGCAAUACUAGGAAACCAACUUAGAUUUUACUAAAAAAUGGAUCAAAUACGUACAUCCUUGCAUGUAUUUUAUUCUUUUUAUUUCUCCCUUUAUUUUGGGUUCCUCUGAUAUCCAAUAAAUGUAAAGAUUAAGUAGAAAUCUGUGUUGUUUGUAAUCGUUAUGCAAACUUUAUUCCAUUUAGAUUAUUGUGA